AUGAUUUUAUGUGCUAUAUUAAAAGGAAAACGUUUAACUCCUUUUCUUAGCUUACACAGAAAUUGUUACUCAGUGAAAAAACUAAUUAAAGAUGAAGAUAACUUAGGUCGACGACUUUAUCAACAAAUUAAAGUCAGGGGUCCUAUAACUGUGGCUGAUUAUAUGAAGGAAGUACUUACUAAUUCUACAAUGGGAUAUUACAUGCACAAAGAUGUUUUUGGAGUUUCUGGUGACUUUAUCACAUCUCCAGAAAUCACUCAAAUGUUUGGAGAAAUUGUAGCUGUUUGGUUAAUAAAUGAGUGGCAAAAAAUGGGGUCCCCAAAACCACUACAGAUAGUUGAACUGGGACCAGGAAGAGGAACUUUGGCCAGUGAUAUUCUGAGAGUGUUCAAUCAUUUUAAAGUACUGGAGCAAACACGUUUACAACUUGUCGAGAUUAGUACAAAAUUAAGUGAAAUUCAAGCUAAAAAAUUGUGUAGUCAAACUUAUGUGAUCGAUGAGAAUAAGCCCAUUUACAGAACUGGUAUCACACAUGAAGGUAUUUCUGUUAAUUGGUACAAGAACUUAUACGAUAUACCAAAGUGCUUUACUCUUUUAAUAGCCCACGAAUUUUUUGAUGCUUUACCUAUUCACAAAUUCGUCCGAACAAAUAAAGGAUACAGAGAAGUCCUUAUAGAUAUUGCUCCUGGUUUUCUUGGAAAUAGCGAUAUUAAUGAGCCUAAAUUCAGAUAUGUGCUUUCUCGACAUGAAACUCCAAUGCAAAAGAAACUUAUUAAACCAAAUGAAACUCGGAAACAUGUUGAAAUAUCUCCAGACAGUAUAAUGAUAUACAUAGAAAUUUGUGAACGAAUUAAACAGUCAGGUGGUUUGGCGUUAAUUUGCGAUUAUGGUAAUUUUAGAUGUGCCACAGAUUCAUUUAGAGCAUUUAAGAAUCACAAACAAGUGGAUCCCUUAGUUCAGCCUGGAUCCGCUGAUUUGACAGCAGACGUAGAUUUCAGUGCUAUUAAAGAGGUUGCAGACGAAGUAAAGGACAUCCUAACUUUUGGCCCAAUCACCCAACGGGAGUUUCUUCUGCAAACUGGUUUGGAUUUCAGAUUUAAAGUUCUGAAAGAUAAGAUAAGCGAUAGAAAAAAUAUAAUCGAUUUAAACGAAUGUUAUAAAACCUUAAUCGACAUAGAUAAAAUGGGAGAAAGAUUUAAAUUCAUGGCACUCUUCCCCGAAACGAUGAAAAUAAUUCUCGAGCGUUGCCCAGUAAUUGGAUUUUCUGCUAAGUGA